AUGUCCAAACAGCACAAUCCGACCCCAGGAUCACUUCUCACACCCACGGAUGAUGAGAAGUAUGACAGAAUUAUCGCAGACAGUCUUCUGCAGAUACCAUCACAAGGCAGCCUCGAAACUCCGUCAGAUGAUGGCACGGAAACCGAAACGAUAAGCGGAGAUGACUUCUCUCACGCCCUUUACCGCCUCAUGCUUGAUGAAAAGCUUGCCGCGGCUCCAUUACGAGAGCCGGAACAUGCACUCGACAUCGGAACAGGAACAGGUAUCUGGGCCUUACAAUUUGCCGAGGAGAAUCCAACCUGCCAGGUCACUGGCACAGAUCUCAGCUUGAUACAACCCUUGUCUUGGAUGCCGAAUUGCCAAUUCGUGAUGGAGAACUCGGAAUCACAGGAUUGGCUCUUCCCCCAUAAAUUCGACUACAUCCACCUACGGGGGAUGACAGCGUGUUUCAACGAUGUCAAGACGGUGAUGCGCAGGGCGCUCCAGGGCUUGACGGCUGGGGGCUGGGUCGAGUUCCAAGAGGGCUGCUUUAACCCACACGGCGUGCCAGACGACGAGGCCCUCGAAGGCACCGCCCUGGGGCGCUGGUGUCGGCUUGUAGCUGCUGGGGCCGCCAAGUGCGGCCGCGACCUGAAAAAGGCGCGCCUGUACAAGCAGCAGCUCACGGAGACCGGGUUCGUCGACGUCCAAGAGCGGGUGAUCCACGUCCCUGGCAGCCCCUGGGCAAAGGACAAGAAGGCGAAGCUCCUGGGCGUCUACUUCGCGAACAUGCUCUGCAUGGGUGCCAUCGACAGCUUCAAGCAGCUCCUCGCCGCUGCUGGGGAGCUGUCACCUUCGGAGAUGGAUGAGCUGAGUGAGAAGGUCAAAGAGGAUGUUCAGAACCCGAAGAUACGCUGGUAUAUGCCAAUAUUCCACAAUAGAUGA